CCUCAACCUCUCUUCCCCCUCUUCAUCUUAACAUCUAGCUCAGCUUGACACCAUUUUCCCAUUCUUACGUUUCUGUUGCUCCAUGGCUCCCAAUGGCAAGGAGAACGGCUUUGCUAAUGGUGACAUCCCGGAGCAAGAGCACGAGUUAGUCGAGAUUGAUGAGAAGAAUGACACCUGCACAAAGUUGCAUUGCUUUUACUGCUGUGAUGCACUGUACACGUUCUUCCAUGACGAGAUGGAGAUGAUUCCUCCCGCAUUUGAGGAUGGCAAAUACCCCUUAUUUGUGACUUGGAAUAUAAAGAGCUCGAGACCAGGUGGACAUGCGAGACUGAGAGGAUGUAUUGGCAACUUUGAGCCCCAAGAGCUUUACGAAGGGCUCAAGGAUUAUGCCCUAAUUGCUGGUCGUCAGGACAGUCGGUUCAACCCCAUCACAGAGCGAGAGCUGGAACGACUCGAAUGCCAAGUCUCCCUUUUGACAGACUUUGAAGACGCGCGCAACUACCUCGAUUGGACGAUCGGCACGCACGGGAUCUACAUAUCCUUCCCUCACCCAUCCCUUCUCCCUCCGGCAUCCUCCCUCGACCCCUCCCCCCUUUCUUCCCACAGUGGUACACCCGUUCCUCCCGGUGAACGUGGGAGGGGGCACUGGUGGAGUCGCGGUUCCGGACAGCAUAAGUUCAAGAACCUCAAUGCGACGUACCUCCCCGAGGUAGCACCUGAGCAGGGCUGGACCCAGAUCGAAGCCAUCGACAGCGCGAUCCGAAAGGCCGGUUGGGACGGAAGAAUCACGGAGGAUCUCAGGAGGAGUAUCAAGUUGAGACGGUACCAGAGCAGGAAGUGUGGUGUGCAGUGGGACGAGUUCAUCAAAUGGCGGGAGGAGCAGGUCAAGCUGCAGGACAAUUAGAUGACUAGAGCGAUGUACUACAGACGGCCUGGAGCCUGCAAAUGCAGACGGACUCGGACUUGCGACCGCAGAAGUAGAGGUAUGCAAGAGUGUGCUAUUAAACAUUGUUGUACGAUAGAUGCCGCAACUAGAGCAGGUUCUCCUUCCCUCUUCCUCUAUGGCCCUUCUGCCCGCCCUGUUUCUCCUCUCCAACGACAGUCCCAGGAUAUCGAAAAGUGAAGGUCGUCUCCUCAACCGCGUCAGCCUGCUGCUGCUGCGAGUCAAAAAAGUCGAACUCUGGAUACUCUGGUUCGCACAGGUCGGUUUCUGCUUCGUGAGCUGGCUGAGCAUUCGGCUGGUACGUCACUGGCGGGGGCUCUCCGCCCUCCCUGACCCAGGCAUCCUGAUUCCUCCUCUUUUCUUCUUCGACCCCAGCCUUGAUUUGGUGAAUGACCCUAACCAUCCUCCCCAGUCCAACGCGAUACCUCCACUGCGGCAUAUGGGAAAACUUGUCCUCUAACGCCUGCCAGACUUCCCCCAGCUUCUUCCGGUCGCUCCGGCUCGCCUUGGUAUAUCCCAUUAUUAUCCAAUACAGGACGUAGGCAUUUGGCGGGGUCGUCCAGUCGAGGCUGAUAAAACUCUGGAACAGCUGAUCCAGCGUGGCAAGGGACCAUGUGCGCGCUCGAUCAGCUCGUGCAGCGGUCUCUUUUGUCCCUUGCAGGCUGAGCGCACGGUCCAACAUCUCUCCAAGCUGGCGUGUGGUGUGCUGCACUCCCUGGGCGGUCAUGAGUUUUAAGCCGAGGGAAGAGGUGCUCCUUAUGCGAUCGGGGUCACCAGCGUGCCGAGCAAACCCGAGGAAGAUGCUGCGGAAAACCUCCAUGGUGGGUGCAAGCGACGCGGGAGGGGUCACCAUCGCUCUGAAGAGGCGGAGGACGUCAGAUAGCCGGCCCUCGUAACAUAGCUGCUGGAUGAGCAUGUUGUAUGUCACAGUAUCGGGGGCGAUCCCGCGGGAGAAUCGGAGUUGGGGUAGGGAGAGAAUGGGGUUCUUCUUCCAGGAGGGGACGGCGGCUUUCCAUGCUUUGGUGUGUGGAUCUGCCUGAUGGGCACGUAAGGCGAAAUAUGCCUCAAGCGCAACGUUGACGGCGCCGUUGCGUGCGUAGGCCCACAUGAUCUGGUUAAGUGCGCCGAUAGUGACUGGAGUGCCGAGCGUGAGUACCUGUCGGAGGACGUUGAGAGCCCGCUCAGGUUGGCCUAGCGAGGUGUAGUGUGAAACAAGCGUGAGGAGGGAGACACUGUCUGGAAGUGGCAAGGGAGAGGGCGCGCCCUUGUGUGGCGACAAGAGGCAAAUGGCGUGUGCGAUGGCAUUUUCG